AUCACAAUUACAUACAGUGGCGAACAAGCGAUGCAACGAAACUUCUUCGCACAGCAAAUCCACCGAUGAGUUGCCGAUCGCAGUACUCAUAAACAACAAACUCUGCGCUACAUUGAACCACAGACGAAGGAAUCCCUUUCACUAGCCCAUCGCCAACCAUUUGGAGAAGAACGUCCCCGUUUUGGUUCACGUAUGAGGAAAGCCAUUUGUUUCCACGUCACUCGGUGUUUGCAUCCGCUACCUCUUGCACUUGGACCACAACAGUAGUAACAAAUCCAACCUUCAUGUGUUGUUCUAGUUCAGCAUUUUAAUAACAAACACUGGUAACAGUUAAAGAACUAACAAAAGUGUAUCUUCAUCGGUCGAAACACAUUGCGGAGCACGCGAACCAAUUGGUGUCAUUUGUACCAGUUAGCUAGCGGACUUGCUACACAAAGUUACCGAUGGAACGGCUUGAGCGCGACCGAGAACGGGGCAGUAGUGUAGGUGGCGGAACUGGUGCCGCCAGCAGCGGCCGUAUCAAACACUCAAAGAAGCGAUCCCGCAAAAGUAGCAAGAAGUCAAAAAAGAAACGACACAACUCGGCUUCGGAUGUUGAAGAUUUGUCUUCCACUUCGUUUGGUGAGGAAGCGAAACGAUACAUUCGAUCACACAAGGAUGCGUACGACGAUAGCAGUGGCGAACUGGAAGGAGUACAUGUCGAGCACCGUACUACCCUAUCCGGUAGCAAAUCCGGCGUAGAGUAUUCCGACGUCAGUUCGGACGAUUUUUCCGCCCCCGAAGCAGGUGAAAUCGAAACGGACGUGUCGGAUGCGCCGGAAGGUGACGGUGUGGUAGUGGAUAAUGGAGAUGACUCGUUUAUCAGUGGUGACGAUGAAGCGGACGAUAUCGGUAGAAGCAAGAAAAGUAAAAGUAGUAAGUCACGGCACCGCCAUCGGCACCAUCGACACAAGAAGUCGUCGCUUUUGGACGGUCACUGCAAGAGCAGUUCCCAUCGAUCCAGCUCGAAGCGUUGGAAGCGAACGCCACAGUCAAAAAGGGGUGAAAUGGAGGUACGAAGCAGGACACCAUCGUUGCCCGAUAUGGUGGAACCGAACCGGAUGGGGUCGUUGGCAGAAUCAAAGGCUGCCAUUGCCACCUCUUCCAUCAGUGGUUCAUCCAAUCGGUCGAAAAGGAUCAACUCGAUAUCGUCCGAUACCUCAUCCAUGAAGUAUCGUAGGCAGAAAAAACGACCGAAACUGAACGAUGAGGAACAAACGGUCGCCGAUAAUCCGUUGGUGGAUGAACAGGAUGAGGAGCGAACUAAAGACGGCGAUGGAAACGUCGAUGCUGAUGGAAGAGCGGACGAAGCGGACGGGAAUGGAGGUGGCACUGGUACAGAAGAGUUGGACGAUGAAAAUGAGGAAGAGGAAGAGGAAGAAGAUGAGGAGGAUGAAGACGAUAUCAACAAUGAGGGACAGUCGGUCUCUAACAAGAAACGGAUCAAGAAAAGCAAGAAGGAUAAAAAGCACAAGCGAAACAAAAAGGCCAAGAAGCGGAAGCGAAAACUGCGCACCAAGUCGAUAUCGAGCGUUGAGACGAUCUCGGAAAGCGAAGACUCGCUGCUAGAAUCAAUGACUCCGCCGCUGAAGCAGUCGCCAUUCUAUCGAGUUGGUAGUCGUGAGGGUAGUAAAUCAUACACGCCGGUACACAACGACACCAGUCUUACGCCAGUUUCGCCAGGGACUCCUCCGCUGCAAGACCAUCAUCAUUCAACGCGCCACUCGCUGAACAGUCCAUACGACAGUCAUCAUGAUGCCGCUGGAAGAAGCCGUAGUCCACUCGAACGAGAUAUUGACCAUGAACGCGAACGGGAUCGUGAUCGUGAUCGUGAUCAUCGCGAUCGGGAACGGGAUCGUUCGACUAAUGCGGGUGGUAGCGGCCGUAAACUGUACAUGUCAUCUUCCCCUCAUACACCACCUGUCGCCAUGCAUAAGAAAAACUCAUCGUCGUACCACGAUCGUUCGCUCCAGCAGCAUCCGAGUAGUCCAAUCGAUCUUGACAGUCCACCGCCACCGAUGUUGCGUCACAGGCGGAGCAGUAGCCAUCGGGAUAGCAGUCGACGGCGCAGUCAAUCAAACGAUCGGAGAUACAGUGCCAGAAGGACACCUUCGCCAAAAUCGAUAGAUUCUCGGCACAAACCACACACUCCUCCACCCACUAAACGGCGGCGAGACAGAUCACCCCCGGAGAAGGAUUACUACCGGAAAUCGGACAGCCGAAGCUACAACAAACGAGAAAGGGACUGGGAUGAUCGUCGUGGCAAUGAAUCCCAUAAACGGUUCCUAAGCAGAACUCCAAGCCCGAGCAGCAACCGACGAUCGCGAAGGACACCAUCGCCUGCCUCCACGAGCAGAACGAGAUCUACGCGAAAGGGCGGAUACUAUAGCCCGUCGCCGGAACGAAGCACCGGCGGUAGUAGCAGCUAUGUUUCUUCCCGUUCGAGACACCGUUCACGAAGCCCGCGACGUUCGCCCUUAUCAUCAUCCGCCAGCAAGCGUUACUCUAGCAGCAGAUCCCGCUCACCGCAGAUGCCUUCAGCAAAAAAGAUGGACCUACAGAAGAAAAUCACGGAUACCAGCUUCUUCGCAGAACUGAUCAAAGACAAACACAAGCGCAAUAAAACGCUGCAAGAGAUUUUGGAAAACAAGAAGAAAAAUGAUGCAUCGUCUACUGGUGCCGGUAACGAUGGCGUAACGCCGGACGGCGAGAGUCUGAAGAGCGAUGGCAACAACGGUACGUCGAACUCAGCUGCGAACUCGCUGGAAGCAUCCAAUGCGAAUGGAGUAAAGGAAAGGAACCCAGAGUCCAUGGCAAGCGUUACCGAUAUUCCAAUGCCGGAGUCGGCGGAAUAUUCAUCCCGCAGCGAUCAAAUCGAUGGCCGAACGGUUGCACCUUCUGCGAACUGUUGUGACAUUAGCAAUAACAAUAGCAAUGGCAGCAAUAGUAAUUUGGUUCCCGAUUCACGAAUACCUGUGAUAACGAACAAUGCAGUGCACCAUCAUUCUCAUCACUGCCCUGCAGCAACCUUCUCCGGUACGAGCUUCAGUAAUCUAGCGCACGUAGAGACGAAUGCUGAACCAAUGAUGUCGGCGGCACAUGGUUCGGAGGCGGGCAAUAGCAACCCAAGCAGCGGCAUCGCACCAACGAAGCCAAAAAGUCUUACCAAUCUGCCGAUGCCGCCCGGCGUUAAUAUGGCCGAUCUGGAAGGUGCGCAAACGCCAAGCCCACCGGGACCAAUCAGCCCGGUGGCUGCAGUGAGUACGAUGAAAAUUAUGCCCAUUCCUACACUGACGACUACCGGUGCCGUACCGCUGCCCGUUGCAAACAAUGCCAAACAGCGACCAGAUAGUCACGGCAAACCGAACGCGUUGAAUGUGUCCACAUUGGCAGCAGUUCCUUCUACCGCAGUCACCACUACACCAGCUACCUCGACACUACCCGUCAGCGGCAUGAAGAAGGGUCUACUCAAUCUACCCAUGCCACCGAUGGUACCGGGAUCGGAGGAUUUAAGUGGCGACGAAGACAUUGGAUCACCGUUAUUGCCGAGCAAUCGUGACUCCAUCCAGAACCAAACACAAUCAGGCCAAACCAGUGUCAAUAAUAAUAACAACAGUAGCUUAAACAAUCGGUAUAAGGGUGGUGGCGCUAGUGCGAUUACCGCUUCCGCCUCAGCCAACCAGCCAUCAUCCGGUACGAGCAAGGUACCAAUGACACGGCCAAGAAUUUUAAACCGGCGCCAUUCCCGCAACAUGACAGCGCCAAUGUCUGCGUCCGGUGGUAAGGACUGGGGCGAACGGUGCGUGGAAGUGUUCGAUAUGCUUGAGCAGAUAGGCGAAGGAACAUACGGACAGGUCUACAAAGCGAAAGAUCAACAAACGAAGGAAUUGGUUGCGCUCAAGAAGGUCCGGCUAGAGCACGAGAAGGAAGGCUUCCCGAUUACGGCAGUGCGGGAAAUUAAGAUCCUUCGCCAGCUGAACCAUCAAAACAUCGUUAAUCUGCGCGAGAUUGUAACGGACAAACAGGACGCGCUGGAAUUUCGCAAGGACAAGGGUUCGUUCUAUCUGGUGUUCGAGUACAUGGAUCACGAUCUGAUGGGGCUGCUCGAGUCGGGCAUGGUGGAUUUCAAUGAGCAGAACAAUGCUAGCAUUAUGCGCCAGCUGUUGGAUGGGUUAAACUAUUGUCACAAGAAAAAUUUUCUCCAUCGUGACAUCAAAUGCUCCAACAUUCUCAUGAACAACAGAGGUGAGGUGAAGUUAGCAGAUUUUGGGCUCGCUCGGUUGUACAAUGCAGACAAUCGGGAACGUCCGUAUACGAACAAAGUAAUUACGCUGUGGUACCGUCCACCGGAGCUAUUGCUUGGCGAGGAGCGCUACGGUCCAGCGAUCGACGUAUGGAGCUGUGGGUGCAUACUGGGCGAACUGUUCCUCAAGAAGCCCCUGUUCCAAGCCAACCAAGAACCUGCCCAGCUGGAAAUGAUAUCCCGGUUAUGCGGUACGCCCACGCCGGCGGUAUGGCCGAACGUCAUCAAGCUACCCCUAUUCCAUACGCUCAAAUCAAAGAAACAGUACCGUCGCAAGCUGAGGGAGGACUUCGUUUUCAUGCCCACGCCCUCGCUUGAUCUGCUCGACAGCAUGCUGGUGCUGGAUCCCGAUCGACGCAUCACCGCCGAAGAUGCGCUCAAAUCAAACUGGCUUAAAAACGUUAUACCUGAGCAAUUACCUCCCCCGCAGUUGCCAACGUGGCAGGAUUGUCACGAGCUUUGGAGCAAGAAAAGGCGGCGCCAGUUGCGCGAGCAGCAAGAAUCGUCACUCAAUCUUCCACCAGGCAAACCCUCGGGCAGUACAAUCAAGCUGGACGGUAUAACGCUACCCGGUGGACCGACCGGUAUCAAUAUGCUGUAAAAUGUAUGCAUGUUACUGAUCUGCUCGUAUCACACACAUACCUUAGUUUGGAGGUAUAAUACCGAUUAUUAGGAAGGUGGAUUGGCUACCUAUCGUUUCCAUUAUCCUGUUUUUUGUGCGUACGAGUGCAUAUUAGUCUCUAGGUGAUCUACAUCAAAUCUAAAGUAUGCGAACACAGGUGACUUGUACAGAAGGAAGGUUCAGGGCUACGAUAUAUCUGUCAUUCUGUUGUUGAGUACCGAUAUCUUUUAACUAUUCGCCUACCAACGCGUUUUUACGACUCAUCAGCUUUUUUUAUGUUGUGCAUAGUUUUGCAACUUAUGCUAAUUUCAUGUUUAGUUGUUUUUAUUUUAGCCACACCAUGUGACGUGGUUUCACUUGGUCAUAGAAAAAAAAGGCGGAAAAAUUUUUCGAACUUUCUAAGAAAGUUAUAAUUCAGUAUGUAAAAUAAUUAUUUUUUCUUUCUCACCCUCCACUCGUCCCCACAAACCUUUCCGCCAGUACACACAGACGCAAAAUAAUGUUCUUUAUUUAAACCGCAUAGAAAAUGAAGAACGCGUAAGAAAAUAUCCAACCUGACGAAUGCGCGAAGAUGCUUAUGAUGAUAAUGAUGAGUACGAACUAUUUUAGUGAAAUAAAGAAAAAAAAAGUCGGUGCGUACUUAGGCUAGCACCAGAAAGAAAUCAUGCGAAUCUUGAAGUGUCUUACAACUAGUACGGGGGUUCAAACAUAGGAAAUUGCAUUUUUCGGUCUAUGGAUUGACAAUUUUUGUGGCUCGAGCAAACAUUGACAGAAAGGAACUAAAAGCAAGUAGUGGCGAACGGCGGCCGGGAUGGUUACUAAACCAGCAACGGGCAAUAUAAGUGUAUCGCCACUUGAAUGCAUCUGCGGGUGUGAAACCGUCCCGAUGCGAUACGAAUGGAGCGUCAGGAACAGGAACUGAGCACUGGCUUAAUCGCCUAUCCGCGUGUCACGAUGCGCUAAGUAGGCGGGCAAAGCAAACAGGGAUGGUACGCGGUACGUAGCCAAUUAAGACAUAUGGUAAAUCUUAAUCUGUACAGCCUAGAAUAGGGACAGUAUGCUGCAGUAUGUAAAUUUGUUACAAAUAUAUUUCAUCAAAAAACAAAAAAAACACACCUGCACAGAACCAUGCUUUACGUCUGAAAGCGGAUUUGCGCAAACCCCGGGGGUGGAGGUUGCUACCUAAGACCAGUAAGACAAAUAUGCAAACAUUCAUCAUGAUCAUCAUCAAUCACCCAUCAUGUGGAGCGAUCGAGUAAGUGUGACCACUAGGAAGUACCAAGUCUGUUCGAUGGAAGGAAUAAACAAUUAACGUUUCUUGCAGGA